CAAGACGUACCGACGUCGUCGUGUAUUUCCGGUCUCGUUCCUCCCGGGUCGUGUCGUCCAACAACAGACCAAAUUAACUUCCAUUCAAGUAUUAAACGCCAUGAAUAGCUUAAUAAGAUACACCGCUCGGUGUCUACGGUCCGGGGCGCAGUAUUCCCCGCAUGUAGACGCCAAAGGAAGCUGGUGGACAACCUCUAGCCGGCUUCUGUGCGCGGCGGCGGGGGCGCAAAAGGACGUCGACGUCAUGGUGAAGAAGGACAAGGUGGUUGUCUUCAUGAAGGGGACACCCGCGCAGCCAUUGUGCGGCUUCAGUAACGCCGUCGUGCAGAUCCUCCGGAUGCACGGCGUGGACGAGUAUGCCGCGUACAACGUGCUGGACGACCAAGAACUUCGAGAAGGAGUCAAAGUCUUCUCCAAUUGGCCGACCAUCCCUCAGGUGUAUUUCAACGGCGAGUUCGUGGGCGGCUGCGACAUCCUCCUGCAGAUGCACCAGAACGGCGACCUGGUGGAGGAGCUGAAGAAACUGGGCAUCCGCUCCGCGCUCAUGGACGCCGACAAAGACUCCAAGUAGAAGACGUUUAAAAGUGGCGACACAGCAGCGGACGUUUUCACCAGGUUGGAUCGCACUUUCCAGACAAAAUGUCAUCACUCUUCUGACUGACAAUGUGUGCUGAGGGUGAAAUCUAUUUUUAUUUUACUGAACCUGACCUGUCAUUUAAUAACAUUAAAUCAGUAAGAGCA